GCAGCCUGAGCGCAGCGUCCCGGCCGCGAAUCUCUCUCAGAGGCAGCAAUGAGGAGGAGGGAUCGUCGCCCUGCAGAUACCGGGAGGAUGCAGUAACACCCGUUUGUCUUCUAGUGGGAUCAUAUUUGUAUAUUUCUCGGGAAAACAAACAAUACGUUGCGGAUUUGGCCUGUCCAUCACUCGGAUGCAAGCAGAUCCCGCCCCAACUUAACAAUGGGCCCCAUUCCCCUGUGUGUGCUGCUCCCAGUGACGGUGCUGGCUGUGGUGCUGGCUGUAGCUGCUGAGGAGAAUGCAGUUGACGACGAGUAUACCUGGCCACAAUGGAAGGUGCCUCUGGUAAGGCAAAGACACACUGUCCCUCUAAGCAGUCCAAACUUUUCAGCGCAUCCUCAGGCGCAGCUGAGCGGGACCUGUGGGAUCGAGUGUCAGCGUCGCCUUCCUGCCUCCUCUCUGGAUGACCUGGAGCAGUUCCUGUCCUACGAGACAGUCUAUGAGAAUGGUACGCGCACGUUUACCUCAGUUUCUGUGCAGGGCCUGAAUGAGGUUGCUUCCUUGUCCCAAAACGUCUCAUCUAGGUCCCGGCAAAAACGCGAGGUGUACGGCACUGAUACCCGCUUCACCAUCUCUGAUAAGCAGUUCUCCACCAAAUAUCCCUUCUCCACCUCUGUGAAGAUCUCCACAGGAUGUUCUGGGGUUCUUGUGUCGCCUAAACAUGUUCUGACUGCUGCCCACUGCAUACAUGACGGGAAGGACUAUCUAGAUGGGGUGCAGAAGCUGCGGGUCGGUAUUCUAAAGGAGAAGUCCAGACGAGGGAAGGGAGGAAAAGGUAGAGGAGGGCGGGGAAAGGGCAAAAGGAGAAAGGGAGACAAAGAUGAAGAGGAAGCGCAAGAGAAGGAAGGGGACGAUGGUAAAGGAGACCGUAAAGGAAAAGGGAAAGGAAGAAAGAGCCGCAGUCGACGAAGUGCAGAAUCGGGGAAACCUUCCUUCAGGUGGACGGGGGUCAAGAAGACCCAGGUGCCUAAGGGCUGGUUCAAAGGUGUGUCUGAAGGACUUACUGCAGAUUAUGACUAUGCUGUUUUGGAGCUGAAGAAAGCACCUAAAGUCAAGUACAUGGAUCUGGGAGUUAUCCCCUCUGUGAAGAAGCUUCCUGCUGGGAGGAUCCACUUCUCUGGCUUCGAUGAUGACCGUCCUGGAAACCUGGUGUACCGAUUCUGCUCCGUCUCUGAUGAGUCAAAGGAUUUGUUGUACCAAUACUGCGAUGCCAAACCGGGCUCCAGUGGCUCCGGAAUCUACAUCCGUCUCAAAGAGCCAGGCAAGAAGAAGUGGACGAGGAAGAUCAUCGGGGUUUUCUCUGGGCACCAGUGGGUCGAUGUUAACGGGAACGGGAUGCAGCAGGAUUACAACGUGGCGGUCAGGAUAACACCCCUCAAAUAUGCCCAGAUCUGCUACUGGAUCCAUGGGGACUCAAGUCUGUGCAAGGUAGCUUAGAAAUACAAAGGAUCCCCCCUGGACCACCAGUCCUCUCCCAUUCCACCUCUAUGCUAAAGGCACCCUCCCCACUCUCCAACCAGGGGCCCUGACGACUGCCUCUCCCAAUCCUGCCUCCCAGUGACUCCUGUUACACAGAUCUACUGUAAGAUCACACAAACAACCCACAUUCAGCCAUACAGACUCAGUGUUGACAACAACAGGAAUUUGUCUUCGUCAAGAGAAUUGUGGCUGGUCAGCUUUUCUAAUUUAUUUGCUAAGAAAAUGGAGAAAAAAAUAUGUAUUAUGUGUAUUUUGCUGUUUUGCUUUCUAUUUGGAUUGUUUUGUUCUAGGAUUUGACCUUUUUGGAUACAAUGUUGUAAAGGUAGUGUAGCUCAUUAACAUUUGAUGUUAAUGAGCGAAGGCCCUGGUACAUUUAUUCUAUUCAAACUAUACUUUUUAUGAAGAACAUUUCCAAGUGUUCUCCACCACUGUAAAGAAGAGCGCGUGCAUUGGCUUUGACAAAAGACCCAGAAGAAAUUAAAGUAACUUUUGUUUCGCAAAUGAACUAUAUAAAGACAACAUUUUUUAUACACAUUUUAAUUGAACAAACUGGUGUUUUGCAUUUUGUAGAUCUAGAACUUUUUUUUUUUAAAACUACCUUUAAAAAAAAAAAAAGAAAGAAAAAGAUUGUUUGUCUAAAUAGAGAAAGGGUCAUUAUGGAUCCUGGAUAGAUUUCUUAUCUGAUUAGUGAAUCACACCAUCUUUUCUCUGUACUUGCAACACAGUGAAAUGGGGUUUCAUUGUUGUGCACAUAAUUAUACUGGUGCUUAUCCAGAAAACGUGGUGCUAAUUUAUGAAACUGUAAACUCUAUUGGGGGGGCGAGGGUGGGGAUUUUUCAGAAUAUAUUUUGAUAGCCUAGUGCAGUUACUAUGUAUUUUAUGUGAGGCUACAUAUGUGGGUUUUUUUAAGAUGGGAAUGAACCAUGUAAUGAUAUACUUGAGCUGUUGAUAUUUCUCUAAUUCUAUUGGUUAAUAAGAUUACAAAGGCAAUGUUGCUAUAUAAUAACAAAUGAAAUCUGGGAUGUAAUGUUUUUUACUUUUUUGUUGUUUCUGUCCAAAAAUUAUUCGUAUCCUUUUGAAUACCAAACACCUGAUAUUAAUGAUGCGGAUUGAUGACUACCAACCAUUAAAUCAAGAUUACUACUUGUGUGUGUGUUUGUGUUUGUGAUGAUCCUCAAUACGAAAGAUCAGAUUAAUAUUUUUGUGGAAUGGGAAAACUGACGCUCACAGUGAUGAACCCAAAGGAAUCACCCGACUGUAGUUCCCCCGGCUUUUAGCCACUUUACUAAUCUGGUAAUGUUGAUGUGGUGGGAUGUAUAUUCAUGAAAUAGUCCUUUAAUCUAACCUUUCUCUAUUUUACAUUAUAUGGAAUAAAUAAAUCCUUCACGGGCAGUUCAAUCCAUCAUUGAAUUUAUUGCACCUCAAAAGGCUUACAUGCACUGGGGUGGGCCAUAGUAAAUAAAAUAAAUGUACAACUGAACAAAAAUACAAUUUCAUGAAAAAUGUUAAUAAUCUUCCGUUAUUUUCUCUGAAUCAUAUCAGAUGCUCACAACCAAUUGCUUAUUCGUCCACUGAAAAGACAACACACAGAGUAAGCAUUACAUCGGACUGGUUUACAGCUGUCCAUAUCAACAUAUUUACUACAUUGUAAGAGGGGAAAAGAAAAGAGGGGCUUGUUUAAUGAUGCUAAUGGCUGAACAGAUCUGUGGAUUUCCGCAUCACGCUUGUGUUGUGACUAACACUAUCAACUGUUUUAAUUGAAAAUGGGCCAAAGGUCAGAAGUGAUUGAAUAAAACAACUUGGACGUUAAUAAUGUUCUGUCCAAUUUUUGCAAAUCUUAGAAGAUUUUGACAUUUUUGAAUGCCGUUUUCAAACACGUCAGGUGUAAGUUUGUUCAUUCAUCACAUCUGUUAGGUCCAAAAGCCAAUUUGGUGAGAAACAAUGACUGUAAACAGAACUUUGAUUCAAAAGAAAAUCCUCAGGGUUCCAGAGUUGGGUUUGGCAUUGGAUCAUCUUACAUUAAAUACAACAAUAAUCAUACUGACCUGGUCAUAGUUAUAAUGAAAGCACCGGCAACAGAUAUAUCCAGAUAGGUAAUGUCAAACUGCAGGAAAAAAUUGUAGUUAUUUGAGUCUGUGACGAAGUACUAAAGCAUUUUCUCUGGAAGUAAAUUGUAAGAUAUGUUCAUUAAUAGUA